CGGAGGGCGUCAGGUAGUUGAUGCCUUUGGAAGCCAACUUAUUCAUCAGGGAAAGGGAAAAAGUAAUCUCUACAGAGGUGUGCUACUGUCGUUUGCCCGUUUUGGCCGUUGAAUCGUGUCUGUUGUACAUUCAUAAUUUCGAGGUCUUCGGUCACCGGAAGAGGAAUUUCCCAUCGGCGAGAAUGGCAUCUGGCGGAGGGGAGAAACCGCUUCCUCCUCAGAAGCAGGAGAAGCAGCCGGGAAAGGAACACGUGAUGCAGCCUCGUCCAGAGUAUACUCGUGCUGAUUACAAGCCCUCCAACAAGCUUCAGGGAAAGGUGGCGCUGGUGACGGGGGGCGACUCGGGGAUCGGAAGAGCCGUCUGCCAUCACUUCGCUCUUGAAGGGGCGACCGUCGCAUUCACGUACCUCAAAUCCCAAGAAGACAAGGACGCAAUGGAAGCCCUUAACAUUCUGAAGGAAGCCAAGACUGGUUCCGCGAAGGACCCUAUUGCUCUUGACGCUGACCUCGGCUUCGAGGCGAACUGCAACAAGGUGGUGGAUCAGGUGAUCCAUGCCUGCGGUGGGAUAGACAUCCUGGUGAACAAUGCAGCGGAGCAGUAUGAGAGGCCCGCUCUCGAGGACACCAAUGAAGAGGAUCUCAUAAGAGUUUUCCGAACCAACAUCUUCUCUCAGUUCUUCCUCGUCAAGGCUGCGCUGAAGCACAUGAAGAAGGGUAGCUGCAUCAUCAACACGACGUCCAUCAACGCCUACAAGGGCCACCCGACCCUGCUGGACUACACGGCCACGAAGGGGGCCAUCGUUGCGUUUACCAGGGCGCUGUCCCUCCACCUAGUGGACAAGGGCAUCCGCGUGAACGCUGUGGCGCCAGGCCCGGUGUGGACACCCUUGAUUCCUGCCUCCUUCCCUGAGGAGAAGGUGGAGAUGUUUGGGAAGGAGGUGCCCAUGGCCCGGGCCGCCCAGCCCUCCGAGGUAGCUCCCUCCUACGUCUUCUUGGCCUCGGAGGACUCCAGCUAUUUCUCCGGUCAAGUCCUCCAUCCCAACGGUAACAAGCAGCCGCUUUCCUCCUCUUUUCUCAACUGAUUUUCUAGUCAUGCACCGCCCAUCUAAACUUUGGUAUCAUCCCUGCUCGAACUCCUGGGGACCAUGUUGCAUGUGAUCCCCGGCCAUUGCGCGGUCUUGUUUUCGUUAACGACUUGUUCUUCUUUUUCUUUUCCUCGACUCUGCAGGCGGGGUCGUCGUCAAUGGGUGAAGAGGGCAGCACAUGGUUCAACAGUCUCUGGUCCCUCUCUGAGAGAGAAACAGAGAGAGAAAGAGGGGCAUGUGAAAAAUGAUCUGUACAUGUAUAUCAUGGUUAGAGAGAGAGAAGUGAAAAAAUGUUCUGGACAUGUAUAUGUAUGUCAUGAUGUUGGGAGAGUGUAGGCGGUCAGGUGUAAUAGGGUCUCUUUCCUGGGUACUUUUUGGUUAGCUGUAAUCUUGUUCUCC